ACCGCAACCAUGGUCAACCGUCACGGCCCGGCACCACCCGCCGCUGGCCUGCUCCCACGUGCCGUCCGUCCGUGUGGCCAACCAUCAAUCCCUCUCCCUCCCUCCGCUCCCACCCUUUUCCGCGCACUCCACAUCGCCUUCUCCCGUCCCCACCCGCCGCUCCCGAGCCCGAAAUGUCGGACGACGGCGCCGCCGGCGAGCCGCUCAGCGACCGCCAGAAGAGGGAGAUCGCCGUCUGGUUCCUCUCCAACGCCCCGGCCGGCGAGAUCCACUACGUCGCCAAAGACGUGCGCGCGCUGCUGGGGGACGAGGCGGUGUACGAGGCUGCCGCCGCGGAGGCUUUCCCGGAGCACAACAAAGCCCACCUCUUGUCUCUCGAGCUCCCCGACCGCAGCGGCGACAUAAUCAUCACUACCUAUGGGGAGCUUGACAAGAACAAUUAUCUGGACCCUAGGACAGCACAAGUUGCUACCGUGGAUCAUAUUAAACAGACUUGUACAAAAUUGAGGCCUGCUGUAGAUGAGGAGCUUCCUUCAGCGUACAUUGAAGAAUUUAGGAGUGCUUUAGAUGUUGAAUUGUCUAAAUAUGUUGGGGAAGCUUAUCCAAAAGGGGUAUGUGCCAUUUAUUGUACCAGUGGAAAGGAUGUAGAGGGACCAGGAGCAGAUUUUGGUUUGGCAGUAGUCAUUUCUGCUGCUAAGCGUAGUCCACAGAACUUUUGCAAUGGUAGUUGGCGUUCAAUUUGGACUGUGGAAGUCAAUGAUGAGUUGCAAUUUGUUGAUAUUAAAGGAAAGAUACAGGUAGGUGCUCACUAUUUUGAAGAGGGAAAUGUGCAGCUGGAUACUAACAUCGAUUGUAAGGAUUCAACCAUGUUGCAGUCACCUGAAGAUUGUGCAGUUUCAAUAACUAACAUCAUUCGACAUCAUGAGUCUGAGUAUUUGUCAUCUCUUGAGGAAUCAUACUUGAAUUUGUCCGAUGCAACGUUCAAGGAUCUUCGGAGGAAACUUCCAGUUACCCGUACUCUUUUCCCAUGGCAUAACACUCUAGCGUUCAGUCUUACAAGAGACCUUGCCAAAGAACUAGCGCUUGGGAAAUGAAGUUUGUUGAGGCCAUGGCAUUAGGUAGCUUCAAGUGGGAAUUUUUAUCUCCAUGCUAUGUGUUGUUCUGUAGAGUGUACUAUCCAUAUCCUGUAACCAGCAAUUUAAAUCAAGAACAUGAACCUUUUUUUUUUGGUGGAGAA